AUGGAGCAGCAGUUAUUGGGCUACGAGGAUAUGAUGUACAGAUUGGAUGAGGCACUUCGGAUCUUGCGCACUAAGCAAAAUUUGAUGACACGACUGUCGGAGCAGAUUUGGCCAUAUCUCAGACGAGCCGCAUUUGAGUAUGUGGCCUAUAUGGUUGAGUUCAAGCACGAUUGGUCACUUGCCUCGAUGUUGAUAGAGAGGUGGAGGCCUGAGUCCCACACGUUUCAUCUACCAUGCGGGGAGAUGACUAUCACCCUACAAGACGUGGGCUAUCAGCUAGGACUCAAGAUCGACGGUGAUCCUGUGAGUGGAUGCAUAGGUGGGUUGGAGCAACACCAUCAAGGACAUAACAAUGAGGAGUUAUGUGAGCAGACUCUGGGUGUUGUUCCUAGCCGAGAGGAUAGACAAUCACAAACCAAGUGGAUUGUGAAGCUCACUUGGUUCCACAACAUGAUUUGCGGUGAGCUAGAGCAGAAUGCCACAGAGGAGUACCUAAUGAGGUACACGAAAGGGUACAUCAUGCAGCUGAUAAGGAGUAUCCUAUUUCUAGAUGCAUUUGACUCUCAGGUGCACAUAAGGUGGCUCCCCUACUGGAGGACCUUAACAAGUGUGGCUGGUUAUUGUGGGGCUCGGCUAUGUUGGCAUGGCUGUACCACCAGAUGUGCUGUGCCAUGGAUCAUGGUCAGUGCAAUUUGGGUGGGCGCAUCAGCUUGCUGCUGUCCUUGGCCUAUCACCAUAUUCCGCUGCUACGGCCAGAUGGCUUUGAUACUCAUCGGUUUCCGCUGGUCGAGAGGUAUUUGGGUUCAGUACUGGCCGGACAAUUCCAGAGGCGAGAGCAAGCUUAAGCAUUACAGGCGUACCCUAAACGGGAUUGAGAUACUGAAUGUUGAGUGGACACCGUAUGCUGACCCACAACUGAUUGGUCUAAUUUCACUGGCGAUAGCUGAGGCGGAGGCCUUGGCAGCGGUUGUCUGUCCACUGCUUUGCUUCGCUAUCAACGAGUGGCAUCAGGUAGACUUGGUGGUACGUCAAUUCAGUGGCCUGCAGCACAUUCUGACCAGGCUACUGAACAUUGACAAGAUGCACAGGUUGUAUGGUCGGUUCGGGCGAGGCGAGUGGUUUCCGCAGCUGCUUGGUGGCUGA